CUUAAUUGUUGAAUUAUUAUGUUUAUUCUUGUGCUACAAUGGAGUGCCACUCAGCGUCAAUGCUGAGCGGAUAGCGUUGUUUUCCUUUUUGCUGUCCGUAGGUGAUCAGACAUAUGAACCUAGAGCCGAUCCCAGAGGGCAUUGAGGAGGAGAUAAUGAGUCAAGAAUCGACCCAUGGUCGGUACGUUCCGGAGCCGGAGCACGUGAGCGUGCACACGGUGAACACCGAGGGUUUGAGUUUCACACCUCCGGGUGACGGAGGGCAGCAACAGAAUAAACCUAAGCCAGCGGGACAGCCGCCAGUUGUACCACCCCCAGUCAUACCACCUCCAGUGAUACCACCGUUGGUGAUGCCGCAGGUGGCCUACGAGCAGAUGUUCCCGGCCAUGAUGGCCCAUUAUAUGCAGCACAUGGCGCAGCUUAUGCCCAUGUUCCAGCCACCGCCACCACCACAGCCGCAGCCGCGCAUCGUUACCUUCAAGACAUUGAAGGAUAAUGGAGCAGAAGAGUUUCGAGGAGACAAGAUGUGGGAGCCCCAGGUUGCGUUGGAUUGGCUUGAGCAGAUGGACCGGGUACUCAAGAAUUUGAGAGUCCCUGAUGCUGAUCGCCCGGAGUUGGCGUCACAGAUGUUCCGGAAGGGAGCAUAUGAUUGGUGGAAGCGCAUUGACCAGGAUCCACACACGCCCAAGCCUUGGACCUGGGAUCGCUUUGAUCGAGCUUUCACUAAGGAGUACGUCCCCACCCGGUACCGCGAGGAGAGGCGCGAUGAGUUCGUUGCGCUUAAGCAGGAGGGGAUGUCACUGCCUGAACUGAGACAGAAGUUCGACUACCUGUCCGAGUAUGCGACAAGUCUGGUCUCCACUCCGGAGGAUCGUUUGAAUGAGUUCGUUAAGAAGCUACAGCCGGACUUGAGGCCGUAUGCCGCGCUGAUCACGACGACAAAUUUUAAUGCGGCGUAUGAUUUGAUUGUGAAGACGGAAAAGAGCUUGGACGAUUUGCAGGCAACCAAGAAGGAGGAUCGAGCGACGAAAGACCCGCGACCCGCGGCCAGCACCGGACCGAGCGGGAAGAGUUUUGGAUUCGGGGGAAAGAGGUGUCCGUUGUCCGUGCAAGGGAAGCAAUUCCCUGCAGAUUUGAUAGAGCUACCACACAAGGAGUUUGACAUUAUCCUUGGUAUGGAUUGGCUCACCAAGCAUAGAGCAGUGGUCGACUGCAGUUGUCGGACCGUACGGCUGAGAGCCGAGGACGGUAGCAACGUAUCACUCUCCGGGGAGGUGUUCCCCAAGGCUCCCGAGUUCAUAUCGUCCUUGAGCGCGAGGCGCUUGAUUCGCAAGAAGUGCGAGAUGUUCCUGUGUCACGUUCAGGAUAUGUGAAAAGAAUCACCACGUCAGCAGGACAUUCGUA